AUGAGUUUAGAUUUUGUUGUUGCCCACACCCCCAUCAACGUUGCCCAUCCCUGUAACUCAGUCACAUUCACGGUCUUCUUGCUGUCACUCAAAAUGAUCAGACUAGUGGUUGAAGAGGGACUCAAUCAUCUGCCAUACAGCGAGUGUACAGUGACCACUCCCACAGGGCAUAAGUAUGAUGGCGUGAAGUUUGAGAAAGGCAACUGCGGUGUCAGCAUUAUGAGAAGCGGCGAGGCCAUGGAGCAGGGACUCAGAGACUGCUGCAGGUCCAUCCAUAUCGGUAAGAUCCUCAUCCAGAGUGACAAGGACACCCAGAAGAUCAAAGUUUACAACGCCAAGUUCCCCCUAGAUAUCAACAGAAGGAAAGUCCUUCUAAUGUAUCCCAUUCUCACUACAUUGAUUGAGGCUGUAAGAGUUCUGACUGAACAUGGUCUCCGGGCCAAACUCCACCCCUCACCUAUAUAA